UAUUUCUUUAGGGGAAAUAUGAAAUAUUGAAAUAAUUUAUUUAAUUUUACAUUAACAAAUUGCUGCAGUGUGUACGCUAAUCAAAAGCAACCGUGGCCGCAUUAAAUAAAAUAAAUACCAAUACGCCGGCAACGACAACUACCGCAAUGACAUCCGCAAGGGAUCUGAUCAAAAUUGAUAUAGAAUGGGGCAUGGAGCGCUUGGUGCGCGCCCAACAGGUCGUCGAGCUGCGUCCAUAUGACAUCGAGUCGUGGUCCGUGAUGCUGCGUGAGGCGCAGACACGGCCCAUUCACGAGGUGCGCAGCCUGUACGAGUCCCUGGUGAAUGUGUUUCCGACAACGGCACGCUACUGGAAGCUCUACAUUGAGAUGGAGAUGCGUAGCCGUUACUAUGAGCGCGUCGAGAAGCUAUUUCAGCGUUGUCUGGUCAAAAUCCUCAAUAUUGAUCUGUGGAAGCUCUACCUGACCUACGUAAAGGAGACCAAGGCGGGCCUCAGCACGCACAAAGAGAAGAUGGCCCAAGCGUAUGACUUUGCGCUGGAGAAGAUUGGCAUGGAUUUGCAUUCGUUUAGCAUCUGGCAGGAUUAUAUUUAUUUCUUGCGCGGCGUCGAAGCAGUGGGCAACUAUGCGGAGAAUCAAAAGAUUACAGCCGUCCGGCGUGUCUAUCAGAAGGCGGUGGUGACGCCCAUAGUGGGCAUUGAGCAGCUGUGGAAGGAUUAUAUUGCCUUUGAGCAGAACAUAAAUCCCAUAAUAUCGGAGAAAAUGAGUCUGGAACGUUCCAAGGAUUAUAUGAAUGCACGUCGCGUGGCCAAGGAGCUGGAGUAUCAUACAAAGGGCCUCAAUCGAAACCUGCCCGCUGUGCCGCCCACGCUGACCAAAGAGGAGACCAAGCAGGUGGAGCUGUGGAAACGUUUCAUAACCUACGAAAAAUCGAAUCCAUUGCGCACAGAGGACACGGCGCUGGUCACACGUCGCGUCAUGUUUGCCACGGAGCAGUGCCUGCUGGUGUUGACGCAUCAUCCGGCCGUUUGGCAUCAGGCAUCGCAGUUCCUGGACACCAGUGCGCGCGUUCUCACCGAGAAAGGCGAUGUGCAAGCAGCUAAAAUCUUUGCAGACGAAUGCGCCAACAUACUGGAACGCUCCAUCAACGGUGUACUCAACCGCAAUGCGCUGCUCUACUUCGCCUACGCGGACUUCGAGGAGGGCCGCCUCAAGUACGAGAAGGUCCACAGCAUGUACAACAAGCUGCUCACCCUGCCAGACAUAGAUCCCACGCUGGUAUACGUGCAGUACAUGAAGUUCGCUCGCCGCGCUGAGGGCAUCAAGUCCGCGCGUGGCAUUUUCAAGAAGGCGCGCGAGGAUGUGCGUUCGCGUUAUCACAUCUUUGUGGCGGCCGCUUUAAUGGAGUAUUACUGUUCCAAGGACAAGGAAAUUGCAUUUCGUAUUUUCGAACUGGGCCUAAAGCGUUUCGGCGGCAGUCCCGAGUACGUCAUGUGCUAUAUCGACUACCUCUCGCACUUGAACGAGGACAACAAUACGCGGGUGCUCUUUGAGCGCGUCUUAAGCUCAGGUGGCCUCUCGCCGCACAAAAGCGUGGAGGUCUGGAAUCGCUUCCUUGAGUUCGAGUCCAACAUUGGCGACCUGUCGAGCAUUGUCAAAGUGGAGCGAAGGCGCAGUGCGGUCUUUGAAAAUCUCAAAGAGUACGAGGGCAAGGAGACCGCACAGCUAGUGGAUCGCUACAAGUUCCUGGAUCUAUAUCCCUGCACCAGCACCGAGCUCAAGUCCAUUGGCUAUGCCGAGAACGUGGGCAUCAUACUGAACAAGGUGGGCGGCGCCAGCGGCGGUGCGAAUAGUCACAACAAUAACAACGAGAACGAGACGGAUGGGGAGGCAACACAGCCGCUGCCACGUCCGGACUUCUCGCAGAUGAUACCGUUUAAGCCGCGCUCAUGCGCCCAUCCGGGCGCCCAUCCGCUGGCCGGCGGCGUCUUUCCACAGCCACCGGCACUGGCUGCACUCUGCGCCGCGCUGCCGCCGCCGAAUAGCUUUCGCGGCCCCUUUGUCAGCGUGGAGCUGCUCUUUGACAUCUUUAUGCGUCUUAACUUGCCAGAGUCUGCGCCACAACCGAAUGGCGACAACGAUCUGACGCCCAAGAUAUUCGAUCUGGCCAAGUCGGUGCACUGGAUCGUGGACACCAGCACGUAUACGGGUGUGCAGCACAGUGUUACGUCCAUGGCGCCAAGACGACGUCGCCUGCUGCCCGGCGGCGAUGACAGCGAUGAUGAGCUGCAGACCUCGGCGCCGCCCACCAAUGAUAUUUAUCGCCUGCGACAGCUCAAGCGAUUCGCCAAGUCCAAUUGAGUUGGCCAAAUUGGCAAUUAUUUUUAUAGCAAUUUUUUUUUAACACACGCCCCUUAACUACAACAAAAAUUUACAUUUUCAAUCUUACAAUUUUAAGUACAAUAGCAACCAUAGUCGUAACUGAUUAAGAAUUAAAGCAAAU